GUGUUAAUUUUCAUCAUUUUAAAAAAAGAAGUUUGUUUGUAGCAAGUGUUGUUAAAUUAGGUAAAUAAUUAAUGAGUAUAAUAUGGGAUCCUAUUAGAAACACAAUGAAGACGAUACACAUGGGAACAUUUUUCUUGCAUCCAAUUACGAAGCAUCUUUUUUUUUUUAAACAAGCUGCAACUGUUUAAUCAACGGAGAUUUUGGAACUGUUGAAUUGGUUGCUGACUCAUAGCACACUGUAAAACCAGACACCUUGAUUUGAGUAAUGCAAGAGAAGCUUAGGAUGAUACAGGCCUCUUUGUGCUGUUAGUGGAUAGGGAUAAAAUUUGACAGUUUAUAGGAGUGAAGGAACUCGCGGAAGCCACACAAAGGAGCUAUUACAGAUUUAUACCCCUUUUUCUCUUCUCCCUCAUUUUUAUUUGAGUCUCUCUUGGGCUGAAGGGGGAAAAGACAAAAUUUUCACGAUGUUGACAGAUUGGUAUUAUUAUCCUAGGCGUCCCUCCUUUGACAACAGGAAGAUGGCCGAACGGUGUCCAAGAUGUCGAAAUAUGGUUUAUUUUGCUGAGGAGUUGAAAGCACUAGGGAAGAAAUGGCACAAACUUUGUUUCAAAUGUGGUAACUGUAACAAACUACUGGACAGCACCACGUGCACGGAGCACGACGGGGAUGCUUUCUGUAAAUCCUGCUAUGGAAAGCUCUUUGGACCCAAGGGAUACGGAUUUGCAGGGGGAUCUUCAGGUUUAUCUAUGGACACUGGAAACCCUCAUGAGCAAACUCGCAGCAAUGUCUCUCAUUACUCGGAGGCACAAGGUGCUCCGUUGGUCAGCCAGGGCAAACCAAAGUGGGGUGGAUCCGACGGGUGCCCCAGAUGUGGAAAGGCUGUGUAUUUUGCGGAAGAAAUGAGAGCACUAGGGAAGAAGUACCAUAAACUUUGUCUGGUUUGUGGCAAAUGCAAUAAGCUGCUGGACAGUACGACCUGCAAUGACCACAAUGGGGAGAUUUUCUGCAAAGCCUGCUACAGCAAGAAUUUUGGACCCAAGGGGUAUGGAUUUGCUGGUGGAGCCUCUGGAUUGUCGAUGGACACUGGGCGCCGAAAUGAAGUCACAACUGAAAAUGUCUCGCACCUUGCCCAAGCCCAGGCGGCCCCGUUUAUGAAUGGUGGUGGUGGAUCCACUCGCUUCGGGGGUGGAGACAACUGUCCCAGGUGUGGAAAUCGGGUUUAUUUUGCAGAAGAGGUUCGAGCUUUGGGAAAGAAGUAUCACAAGCUGUGUCUGAGAUGUGCGAAUUGUAACAAAGGCUUGGACAGUACUAACUGCACUGACCACGGUGAGGAGGUGUACUGCAGGUCUUGCCACGGGAAGCUCUUCGGACCCAAGGGUUAUGGCUUUGCUUCGGGAGCUUCAGGACUCUCCAUGGAUACAGGAAAUCCACACCAAGUGACAAAACAGAAUGUCUCCUCCUACGCUGUGGCCCAAGCGGCCCCACUGCUGGAGAAUGAACAACGAAGAGAAGUGGGUAAUGGAAUGUCGGACAUUUGUGGAAGGUGUAACCAAGCGGUGUACUUUGCAGAGAAAGUCAUGGGAGGUGGUGGUAUUUACCACAAGAGCUGCUUUAAGUGCACCGCAUGUGGUAAAAAUUUGGACUCCACCACAGUGACUCAAGCAGAGGGUGAUAUUUUCUGUAAAUCUUGUUAUGGAAAACACUUUGGACCAAAAGGAUUUGGAUUUGGACAAGCUUUACAGCACACUGGGUGAGUGGUGGAGAAUCUAGAAUUUGUACAACGGACCUCGGCGGUGGAGCGUCUCAACACCAAGAGCAUUACAAUGUAUUAACUGUGUUUUAUCAAAGUUAAAGUGUUGUCUUUGUUUAAAUUUGAUGUCAGGUUCUCGAGUUUGUGUUUAAGCAUUGGUUCUUUUGCUUAGAGAUUAUAUUUUAUACCCCUCACCCAGAAAGAGGAGGUAUCCUGCAUUACAUCAGAACAUAUUUGUUUUUCUCAGAAGUGACCAAUCAUAGAGCUGAAUAAUAUUUGAUAUCAAGCUUCAUCUGAGUUCACUAUAUGUAUAUGUAGUACCGUAGGCAUCAUCAGAUUUGUACUUUAUCUACUUGUAUACUAAAUACAUCUAGAUAUAUAUGUCUCUUUAAUGUGAUGCAAGUACAUGUAGAUAAGAUGUUUGUUGCAUUUUUUUUUUUAAUAAGGAAUCACAACUUCUUGAUGUUGAUAUUGAGUUGCCUCUUGUUAUCGUACGUGAAACAUACCAUGUUUAUGACUUAUGUCGUAUGCUGGGUCUGUUAUGGGAUUCAACAUAAAUGUAAAAGCCAAAUGUGAAAGUUAGGGGUGUAUACACUGUACAUGUUUCUUUGUGAAUAGCCAACACUUCGUCUUGUUUUAGAAGUUCUUGCGUAUUUUAUAUGAUUAAAAAGGAUGUUUUUUUCCUCUAUAUUUUUAAUUUCUCAUCUUGAUAGUAAGUCUAACUUUAAGUUUUAUCAGAUAUUUUACUUAUUUUCAAUGGCUCAUUGAAAGUAUGAUUUUAAGUAUUAUAUGUCAUCUUUUUUUAAGGAAAAGUGUCUCUUUUAAAGUGUCAUCUUUUUAUUUAUCCACUUUUAAAAUUUUAAUUUUAAAUUUCAUGAUUGUAAUAUUGAAUAUUUAUUUUUUAAUUAAUUUGUAUUUUGAACAAGUUUGUCAGUAAUGCAAAAUUCUAUGAGUGCAUGGUUGUCAUUCCAGACUUUUCAAUUUAGAUUAAAGUAUUCACACAAAAAACAAAGACUCGCACAAUUCAUAUUUCUCAUCAUCAUCAGAUACAGCUGACAUAAAAAAAAUUCUAAUCAUCAGAUUCAACUGACAUGAAUUUUUUUUUCUUUACUCUCCGACUAAUUUUAUGGAUUAAUGGUGUGUAUUUGGGAAUAUGAAAUUGAGUAUUUUGACUUAAUAUAAGCAGAACUAUGUAAUAGCAGGGCAUACUAUGAGUGCUCUGUAGAAAUUAUAUGAUUUGUACAUGUAUUUUGUGGGGACGUUGUAACUUAUUUCUUUUUGUGUGUUUGAGCAUUAGAUGGUUCACUCUCAUUUAAAAGAUACAAGUCACAUAUAAGUUGUGUAUGAGUUUUAGCUCACCUGAGAUGGUUCACUCUCGUAUGAAAGAUACAAGUCACAUACAAGUUGUGUAUGAGUUUUAGCUCACCUGAGCUGAGAGGGGGUUAAAAACUAUGCAUAGCAGAAUUAUUUAAUUUGAUUGAAGUCUUCUCAAGAAUUUCAAGGGCAUGAUUUGUAAUAUUGGUAUGCAGGCAUUCUCAUGUAAUGUAGAUUCAAGUUUGUUCAAACCAUCACUCUAAGGGGUAAUGGCAAGUUCACAAUUGAAAAAUAAUUUUCUCAACAGUACACUUUGCAAAGUAAUAAGCUUGCAUCGUUUUGUAACAUAUGUACAUGUAGUAUAAAUUUAUUCAGACAUUCAGGACUGGAAUAGGAGUGGAAAUUCUUAAAGAGCUAAACAUUGAAAAAGUCUUUAAAAGUCAUCUUCACAAGAGCCAAGGGAAGAGUUUAUGAAGUAAAUGAACAAACAAUGAUACACAUUCAUUUUCAGAGGUUAGGAUGUUGAUGUAGCGGGGUUUGAAGUUUUCCUAGGGAAGGUGUAGCUGGUUAGGUGAUAUGGCCCAUGGGACUCCUCUUUUUAGACUUGCAGAUAUGCUCUUUUGCAUAAAUAUUAAGUGUAAAAGAUCAAGGUCACUGAAGGUGGAAUUAUAAAAUUCCUUGGCUACAAUAUUUUGAGGACAUUUUGUAUCGGAUUUCUCUGACUUUUUCCGGAAUGUUUUCUUUAUAAAAGGAUUUGGUUUCUUUUGCUUUUCAAGUUUAAUUAAAGGUCAAAUGAAUUGAUUAUCAUAUUGAAUUAAAGGUCAAAGGACAAUGUCACUGGCAUACUCCUAUUGCAAGGGAUGUCCCACUUUACGAAUUUUCAUGCUAAUUAUCCACAUUUUGGUUAUCCUUGAUACAGAUCCUUCCGUUUGUUUAUUAUCUUUAAUAGGUUGUGAGGCAUCAUCCUGCACUUUUUUGUUAUUUAUUAUUGACUACUAUACUCCAAAGAUGUUGUAAUUUUGAUUCUUGUAUAUUGCAUGUUUAUACUAUGUAGCAACAUCAGAAUAGGCUCGCGUGGUAUUAGAUGUCGGGGAUAGAAGAAACACCCAUUUUGUCACAAGUUCAUGGUUUCUUAAUUUAAAGGGAGUUGGUCUUUUUGAUUGCUUCUGAGAAUUAAAAUAAAUUGGAAAUAAAAUUGGGUUACUUAUAUAAGGCACUGAAAGAAUUGAAUGGGAUGGUUUGAAAUGAAAUUUAUAGAAAAUUCUGAUGGGUACAGUAAAAAACACUUGUAGCAAAGAACUGGGGACGGGCAAUUUUGAUUCGUUAUAAACCUAACUCAUUAUAUUCAAUAAGUUCAUAAAAUGUUUUGAAACUACAGGGAAUGAAAAUAGCUUCACUGUAAAUGUGAAUUCAUUAUAAGCAUGUUCACUGUUACCAUGAUCUACUGUAUUAGAAAUUUGGUUUUAUUUUGCAAAAUGGCAUUGACAAGGCAGGAAAGAUUAUUGUCGAGCGAAUUGGAUAUUGGACUGAUAAAUCGGAUAAGGAAAUAAUCUUUAUAUACCUGUAGGGAAAUACGAAUUUUGUAAGUGUUGGUGAAAAAUGAGCUGAUAAUACUGAAGUAGAGGGAUUAGAUGUAUAGAGAGGAUGGUCAUCAGGAAUAAAAAUCAUACAGAAAAAAAAUACAUUCUCCUAUAUCCAAGCCAAAAUUGCCUGUACAGAGACACAAUUUUUUUUCUCCAUGAUCCUUUUUCAAUAAGUUCACUUCUACCCCACACUGGGUUAUCUUGUCAUUUGAGGCAUUUAGAUAAUGUCUCCUACUUGCACAAAGCACAAGUUUUGUAAUAAUGGACCUCCAUGACUAGAAAGGUUUUACAAUUGAUACACUGAAUACAAGGAAUUUAUGAUGACAGGAUUUUGGAUGUUUACAAAUUUUUAAUGACACAUUUUGAAACUUCCAUUUAAGACGAGAACAUUCAUUGAUUUGUGUGAUAUAGGAGUAUGUUUAGGAUUUUUAUGCUGUGUGUAAGUAGGAGAUUUAUUUAUUUUAUACAAUGACGAUAUCAAAUUAUGUUGAAUACAGGUAUUUUUAAUUUUGUUUGAAGAAAGUAAUUUUUAAUUUACAAGCAUUGUUCCAGUUUAUUUGGCACAAGUUGUAUUUACUAUUUGUAUACAUAUACUUCUGAAGCCUUUGAAAAUUAUUUUGUUGUCAGAUUUGUGUACAUAUAUAGAAUCUUUUAGCUUGUACCCAGUACAUAUACAAGCAACUGCAGUACGAUAUACAUUGAUCUGUAUUUCACAUAGACCAGGCCAUGCUUGGAAUUCUUCACGGAGCUCUCUUUUGUUUUGCAUAGUUGUUUCCACAUAUCUCAGAAAAUGUUUUUUUUUUAUCAUUUUAUGUCAUCAGUGCAAUGGAUUGUUUAAUCUAGAGCUUUUCUUUUACAAUUUCUUAAAAUCUCGUUAAUGAAAAUACUUCUGGUCUAGCACUUAUUAUACAUUUAUCUUGCACAAGUCUUGGAAGGGACCAGACCAGACCUACAAUUGUUUUCUCUCUUCUAAGUGGAAUUAAAAGUAUUGAAGGGACCAAACCAACAUUUUAACCCUUUAUCUGGUGCUCAGUAACUAGUACACAAUGUAUUGUUAUAGAUGUCAGUGUUGUAAUUAAUAAAUGGAAUGUGUAAAAAGCU